AGCCUCCUCCACCACACUCCAGCGGCGACAUCGUUCAUCCUGUCAAGGUGGACGAGAGCGGAUCCUUCCUCUCCUACGAUUUGUCCCACCGAGCCCUUCACCGAAGGUCUCCUUCCUCCAGGAGCAAGUUUCUCGCCUUCUAUGAACUGCAUUACAAAGGACAACCCCUGAAAUUCAACCUGAGCCUGAACCCCCACCUCCUGGCGCCCGGCUUCGUCAGCGAGAGGCGGUUCGGGGGCAUCGCCACCGCCAAGAUCCGGCCUCAGGGGCACAACUCCUGCCACAUGAUCGGGGAGGUUCGGGGCCCGGCGCCCACGGGGGGGCUGGCUGCACUCAGCACGUGUGAUGGUCUGAAAGGUGUGUUUCAGCUCAUGAACGAGGACUAUUUCAUCGAGCCAGUGUCCACCAGCUUUCAGGAGGAUGGAGUGGCACAGCCCCACAGGAUAUACAAGCGCCAGGCCCCCCAGCAUGGAUCAGAGCAAGGCAAGAGACCACCAGCUCCACAGGAAACCUGUGGUGUGCAAGAAUUCCCAAGGUCUGAGAAGCGGAGGGAAAGAUGGGAACAGAAGCAGCACAGGAAGAGAAGAAUAAAGCAGCGCUCCAUCAGCAAGGAGAAGUGGGUGGAAACCCUGGUGGUGGCAGACACCAAGAUGAUAGAAUACCACGGGAGCCAGAACAUAGAGAAGUACGUGCUGACCGUGAUGAACAUGGUGGCGGGUCUGUUCCACCACGCCAGCAUUGGGAACCCCAUCAACAUUGCCAUAGUGCGACUCAUCCUGCUGGAGGACGAGGAGGAGGAUCUGAAAAUCUCCCACCAUGCAGACAACACCUUGAAAAGCUUUUGCAAAUGGCAGAAGAGCAUCAAUGUUAAAGGAGAUUCCCAUCCCCUACAUCACGACGUUGCAGUCCUGCUCACAAGGAAGGACAUCUGCGCAGCCAUGAACAGGCCCUGCGAGACCCUGGGGCUGUCCCACGUGGCGGGCAUGUGCCAGCCCCACAGGAGCUGCAACAUCAACGAGGACACGGGGCUGCCCCUGGCCUUCACCGUGGCCCAUGAGCUCGGACACAGUUUUGGGAUUCAGCAUGAUGGAAGCAGCAAUGACUGUGAGCCAGUUGGGAAAAGACCUUUCAUCAUGUCUCCACAGCUCCUGUAUGACACAUCCCCACUCACCUGGUCCCGCUGCAGCCGGGAGUACAUCACACGAUUCCUCGACCGGGGCUGGGGGCUGUGCCUGGAUGACCCCCCUGCCCGGGAGGUGCUGGACUACCCCUUGGUGCCCCCAGGUGUCCUCUACGACGUGGGCCACCAGUGCCGGCUGCAGUACGGCCCCUACUCCACCUUCUGUGACGACAUGGACAGUGUCUGCAACACGCUGUGGUGCACGGUGGGGAACACGUGUCACUCCAAGCUGGAUGCGGCCGUGGACGGCACAACGUGUGGGGAGAACAAGUGGUGCUUCAACGGCGAGUGCGUGCCCGUGGGCUACCGUCCGGAGGCCAUCGACGGCGCCUGGGGCUCCUGGAGCUCGUGGGCCGCCU